AUGUUCCGCACCGCCAUUCUCCGGUCUGCCGCCGCCGCGACGCGGACGGCCAUGCGCCCCAUCUCCUCAGCUGCCGGUAGGAGAUUAGCUAUCGCCCCGGCUCCCAAAGUCGCCUCCUUCGUUCCCAAGCCGGUGUCUUGGCAAGCGGUGAGGUGCUACGCGUCCGGGGGCAGCCUGGAGAGGCAAGAGGUCUACGAGCGGAUCAAGCAGCUCUUAUCUGGUUUUGACAAGGUCAACGACCCAGCCAACAUCACAGAGAAUGCGCACUUCGCGAACGACCUUGGUUUGGACAGCCUGGACACCGUGGAAGUGGUUAUGGCCAUCGAGGAGGAAUUCAGCAUCGAGAUCCCCGACAAGGACGCCGAUGCGAUCCACAGUGUCGACAAGGCCGUCGAGUACAUUCUCAGCCAGCCCGAUGCGAACUAG